CCAUAGCCAAGUUGAUAAGAUCAUUUAAUUUUUCCUUCAAUGAUACCACCAUAGUGGUUGUGCUUGGUGCAUGAUCUCUAUCUGUACUUCAAAAGCAGGGUUAGAAUCCCUUUCCUCGAAUCAAGAAACAAGGAGAAGAAGAUAGAGAUGUCAUCAAACACUGGUAAUUUAGAUACAGCUGCUCUCUUGUCGGGGGUCAAUAAUCACCAUGAUCAAGAAGAAGGAAGCAGCAGGUGGUGGAAGAAUGUUUUGGACUUGGAAGAGGCCAAGAAUCAAGCUUUCUUUGCACUGCCCAUGAUUCUAACUAAUGUUUUCUACUAUUCCAUAACUUUGGUAUCUAUCAUGUUUGCUGGACACCUUGGGGAGCUUGAGCUUGCUGGUGCAACACUUGCUAAUUCUUGGGCGACGGUCACUGGCUUUGCUUUCAUGACAGGACUGAGUGGAGCACUAGAGACACUUUGUGGUCAAGGAUUUGGAGCAAAACUUUACAGAAUGUUGGGGAUAUAUUUGCAGGCAUCCUGCAUACUAUCUUGCUUUUUCGCUUUUAUCAUAUCGAUCUUAUGGUUCUUCACAGAGCCAAUACUGAUCUUCCUUCAACAAGAUGCUCAAAUUUCAAAAUCUGCUGCCAUGUACAUCAAGUACCUCAUUCCAGGUCUAUUUGCAUAUGGAUUUGUGCAAAACAUUUUGAGAUUUCUUCAGACACAAAGCAUUGUGAUGCCCCUGGUAUGGUUUUCAGUCCUUCCAUUGGGCAUCCAUUUAGGCAUUGUGUACUCUUUGGUCAAUUGGACAGGUCUUGGUUUCAAAGGAGCUGCAUUAGCAGCUUCAAUUUCACUAUGGAUUUCUCUUCUGUUUUUAUCCGUUUAUGUGUUUUUUUCCAAGAAAUUUGAGCAAACAUGGGAAGGAUUAUCGUUCGAAUCGUUUCGGUUCAUUAUCACAAACUUAAAAUUAGCCCUCCCUUCUGCCGCAAUGGUUUGUUUGGAGUACUGGGCGUUUGAGCUUCUUGUAUUGCUAGCAGGCUUGAUGCCUAAUUCAGAAGUAACUACUUCAUUGAUUGCAAUGUGUGUGAAUACAGAAUCGAUUGCCUACAUGAUUACAUAUGGCCUUAGUGCUGCAGCAAGCACAAGGGUUUCAAAUGAGUUAGGAGCUGGGCAUCCUACUCGGGCUAAGAAUGCCAUGGCUGUUACACUCAAGCUUUCCAUCCUUCUUGCUCUUGCAGUUGCCCUUGCUUUAGCAUUUGGUCAUGAUAUUUGGGCUGGUUUCUUUAGUAACAGCCCUUUGAUUAUAAAGAAAUUUGCUUCAGUGACACCCCUGCUAUUAAUCUCAAUAACAAUUGAUUCUUUUCAAGGCAUCUUAUCAGGGGUAGCCAGAGGAAGUGGUUGGCAGCACUUGGCUGUGUGGGCAAACUUGGGGACUUUCUAUUUCAUUGGAAUGCCAAUUGCAGGCUUUCUUGGAUUCAAGUUCAAGCUUUAUACAAAGGGUUUGUGGAUAGGCUUAAUAUGUGGUCUCUCCAGCCAAGCUGGUGCACUUCUGUUUAUAGCAUUGUUUAGAAAAUGGACUAAAAUUGAGCUAUCAAAUGAAAAUGAUAAGGAAAGCAGAGUUUCUGUUUAAUUCUUUUUUUACAAAGGAAGGCAUAAUUUAUGAAUAAAAAAAAGAUUA